GCGCGCGGCGCGUGUCACGUGGUGCGCGUGUCGAAGGUCACGGCGCGCUCACAAUGGAGCUCUCGGAGUAUGUGCAGAAAGGCUUCCAGAUGCUGGCCGAUCCUGGCUCCUUCGACUCCAACACCUUCACGCUUCUCCUCCGGGCGGCUUUCCAGAGUCUGCUGGACGCCCAGGCGGACGAGGCUGUGUUAGAUCACCCAGACUUGAAACAUAUCGACCCAGUGGUUUUAAAACAUUGUCAUGCAGCAGCUGCAACUUACAUACUGGAGGCUGGAAAGCAAAGAGCUGACAAAUCAACUCUAAGCACUUAUCUAGAAGACUGUAAAUUUGACAGCGAGAGAAUAGAAUUGUUUUGGACAGAAUAUCAGAAUAAUAGGAAUUCCCUAGAAAUCCUACUGGGAAGUAUAGGCAGAUCUCUCCCUCAUAUAACUGAUGUUUCUUGGCGUUUGGAAUAUCAGAUAAAGACCAAUCAACUUGAUAAGAUGUACAGACCUGCAUAUUUGGUGACCUUAAAUGUAGAGAACACUGACUCCCGAUCCCACCCAGAGAUUAGUUUUAGUUGCAGCAUGGAACAAUUACAGAAACUUUGAAAACAUGAUUUUUAAACAGUGGUUUUAAAUGACUUUUUAUAAAGGGGCAAGUUACAAAAAUUCUGAAACUGUUCAUAUUGUCUGUGUAAGACACUGGGGAAAUUCAAAAUUACAUUGAUUAAUGGACAUGACAACGAAUUUAUUUCUUAGCACUUAAAAAAAUGAAGGACAUCACUUGAAAUUUUGAUGAAAUUGAUUUUUUCCAAAGGAAUCUCCUGCAGAGUUGUUUUAAUGUAACCAUUAAUUGAACUUUAAACUUUCAAAAGAUGUGAAUACAGCAUUAUCCUUGUUAGAUAACUUGAGAAAUUUAAUUUUGGUAAACCUUGAGUGUUCAGAAGAUUCAGUUAGAAACUAUAUUUCACAUCUGAGGGCAAGCAUUUUGAAGAUGAGACAUUUUAGAGGAAACCUUUACUUUGAUAGUGGUUUGUCAAAGGUUUAAAAUCUUGAGUUUAAAAUUGUUUAGAAAGUGUCUCCCGACUUUUUUCUUGCAUCUUUCUCAAGCUUGGAUACUUCUCUCUUGCGUUUUAUCCUAAAAACGAGCCAUGGUAUACAUCUUUCAGGACUUAGUAGGAAAACUUAAAGAUGCUUCGAAAAGCCUGGAAAGAGCAACUCAGUUGUAACUUGGGAAAGUUAACGAUCUGACAGGAUCUAGAGGAAGACCAGGAACGUCUUGCCGUCCGCUGAACCAUCAUUUCUGCGAGGUGGAUGUCUUCCUUUUCAGAACAGAUUUUUUUCUUUUGGAUUUCUGUCACUCAUAAGUUUUGACACUUUAUUUUUUUACACCUCUGGAAGGGUUAAGAGGGAAUUUCUGCCUAAGUAUUUGAAUCUUUAGUAUUAUCCGUACACUUGAUCCCAUUUGAUCUUUUCCACGUCUUCCAAAAGGAAGUAGACAGUAUUACAUUCUGAAUAAAUAAGUUGUUCCCACAAAAGAGUGGUGAGA